UCCCUCGCACGAGCAGAACACUCUUUGCCCUCGCACACCAACUCCCGACCCCGACACCCAGCCGGCCAGCCUCCUCGCCGUCGCGGCGUCGCCGGUCGCCGGCCGGAGCCCGGAGCCCGGAGCCUAGUUGCCCAGGAGGCUCCCUCCAACCCUUCCCGGCUUCCCGCCCGGCCAACCUCCCGGUCCAGCCGCGCCCCUGCCCUGCGCGCGGCUGCGCCCCUGCGGUGCGCUCCCGCGGUCCCGGCGUCCCGCCUCCCCUUCCCGGCUUCCCGCCGUCCCGGUCACCCCCCUGCAAAGCCCCACCACGGGGGCAACAAGUUACAAGCGAGCAAACUGAUCAAUUUAAGAUGUGGCGAGCCGCUGUUCUGCUAUGCUUCAUUCUUCAAGGUGCCACUGUUGCGGCUGAUAACGAGACAUGGGGCUACGUUGAAAUUCGUCACAAGGCGCACCUAUUUUGGUGGUACUACAAGAGCCCACAUCGGGUGUCUUCGCCAGUAAAGCCAUGGCCAACCAUCCUCUGGUUGGAGGGCGGUCCGGGAGGGUCAGGCGUCGGGGGUGGCAACUUCCAGGGGAUCGGGCCACUGGAUGUCAAUCUGAAGCCACGCAACUCGACGUGGCUGCAGAAGGCUGAUCUCAUCUUCGUGGACUUACCAGUGGGUGUCGGGUAUAGCUACGUGGAGGACCCAACCGUGCUAGCUACGACGGACGUGCAAGUCGCUGCUGAUGCCAUCGAGCUCCUCAAGGCACUUACCAAGGAGAUACCCACCUUGUGCAGCAGCCCGCUGUUCCUUGUCGGUGAGUCCUAUGGUGGCAAGCUUGCAGCCAAGAUUGGAAUCUCUGUGGCAAAGGCCAUCCACGCCGGGGCCCUCAAGCUCACACUAGGGGGUGUGGUGCUUGGGGAUAGCUGGAUCUCACCAGAUGAUUUUGCGCUGUCAUAUGCGCAACUGUUGCGUGAUGUGUCGAGGCUGAGCGAUGAAGCUGUUGCCCCUCUCAACAGAAUGGCGGCAAUAGUAAAAGAGCAGAUAGCAGCUGGGCAAUUCACCACGGCGAAGAUGACGUGGACGAAUCUUGUUGAUUUGAUUGACCAGCAGAGUGAUGGCGUGGAUAUGCUAAAUUUCUUGCUUGACAAAGGCGAAGGCUCAUCGACGAGCCAGGUGUUUCCGUCGACCCCCAACACCAUUGACGGUCUCAUGAAUGGGGUCAUUAAAGAAAAGUUGAAGGUUAUUCCUAAGAACAUAAUUUGGCAAGGAGUGGCUAUUCAAGUUUUCGAAGCAAUGAAUGCUACCUACAUGAAGCCAGCAAUCGAUGAGGUUGAUCAAUUGCUAGCAUAUGGAGUAAAUGUGUCGGUUUACAAUGGGCAAUUCGAUGUGGUAUGCUCGACAAUCGGUGUAGAAGCUUGGGUCAAAAAACUCAAAUGGGCUGGUCUGAAGAGUUUCUUGAGCACGCCAAGGCAGGCUUUGCGAUACUGUGAUUCUCCAGCGCGCUGCCUCAACCCCGUGAAGGCAUACGCUAGAUCAUACCAGAACCUGAACUUCUACUGGAUCCUCGGAGCUGGACACAAGGUGCCUGUCGACAAGCCCGACGUUCAGUCACCUGACAGCUAGGAAGAUAUCCUCUGUAUGUGGUAUGUGCAGGUGAAUUAGAGCAAGUCGCACUGUCAGCACAACUUGAGCAGUGAGAACUACCAGGUCAUCGAACUUAAUUGUUAGUCUAACUAUUAUCUAGCACAUUCCCUAAACCCUGUAUAGUGUGGGAUGGGGCUAACCAGAGCCUGAAAUGUGACUCUCGUAAAGAGUGCCUCCCUUCAACGUAUGCUUGCUGUGACAAGGUUAUUUGGCCCUCCUAGCGUGAGGAGACCUCCUUGCUUUGCUGCUGUUGUGUCGAUCCAUUUGAUUGGUUGCAUGUUGGGUAAAGGAAGAUCGAAUGCCUGUGUGUUUAUAUGGUUUCUGAACCAAGAAGUAGAUGGCUUGUUGUAUCAGCCUUCUUUUCGUUGUU